AUGGUAGUGAUGGGAUCACCUAGCCUUCCAACCUGCAACAGCAACAGCCGCCAGUUUGACGGCAACACUCACAUGCCAAGUCUGUUGUUUCUCCACAGGUUCUCAAUUCCUGACAGUGCACUCACGAGAUAUGACUCAUAUCCUGAACGAAUGCUUCUCGAUGUGAAACCAGACCACCUCAUAGAAAAGAUGAAUCGCAAUCCAUCUCUCCUCCAAUAUCAACCACUGUCGCGCUGCAACGAUUCUUCUUUCAUGAAUGCCAGAGCACUCCUUGCUAAUACCCUAUCUCCAGGUAGAUGGCUUAUGAACACUCUGACCUUGUUGACUUCAAGAACUUCAUUGGAUUGCUCACUCACAAGCUUCAGCAAGGUUUUUGAUGUUCUGGAUGCCCUCAUCAGACCUACCUUCCCAACCAGCCUGUUGCAGGUACUCAUGAGUCACGACAGCGUCAAACAUGCAGGAACCAAGCAUGUCUAUCCAAUGUCAACCAAUGUCAUGCCCUCCAAUCUUCACCACAGCUUUAUCUCUGAUUGCAAUAAACCCACUUUUGGUCCCUUGUUGAUCAGCAUGAGUCGAUUGGCAGAAGAUAUUUCAGACUCAAGUUACCAGAAAUCUACUUUCGCAUUUCUUACUCACUGUGUUCAGGACAGAUGA